AAGUUCUUGAUGAGGAUGUUCUCACUUUGUAAUUAUUUCAUAUUUCAGACCUACAAGACAUGCUCUGCAGGCUGGUGGACGUUGACUCGGUUGUUGAUUCCUGCCUGGAUUAUUCACUACUAUGUGAAGUACCAUGUUGCAACAAAACCAUAUGGCAUUGUGAGUGUGAAGCCGAGAAUUUUCCCGGGUGACAGAAUUUUGGAAACAGGAGAAGUUAUUCCAUCAAUGCAAGAGGAUGAGCACAAUGGACACCACUAAUUACAGGAUGAAAGCAUAAUGUAAAUGUAUAGCAUUAAUGGCUGUACAAAUUGAAUUCAAUGGAAUAGAACAGAUUUUCUUCUCAUUUUGAAAGAGUUAUUUAUCAUUAAACACUGACUUACCAAGA